AGAAAGCAGAGGGGCCAAGAUGGCGGCGCGGGCGCGGGCGGGGGGCAGCGGGGCCCGGGGGGCGGUGGGACGCUGACCCCGCCCCCUGCUGCUGCCACUCUGCGCCGGGCGUCGGCAGCGGUGGAGCCGGCAACAUGGCGGCUGCGACACUCAGCUUCGGCCCUGAGCGGGAGGCCGAGCCUGCCAAGGAGGCGCGCGUCGUGGGUUCUGAGCUCGUGGACACGUACACGGUUUAUGUCAUACAGGUUACCGAUGGCAACCACAAGUGGACGGUCAAACACCGUUACAGUGAUUUUCACGAACUCCAUGAAAAGCUUGUUGCAGAGAAAAAAAUUGACAAAACUCUACUUCCACCCAAAAAGAUAAUUGGAAAGAACUCAAGAAGCCUGGUGGAGAAGAGGGAGAAAGACCUGGAGGUGUACCUGCAGACUCUCCUGACGACCUUCUCUGAGGUGGCGCCCAGAGUUCUGGCCUACUUCCUGCAUUUUCACCUCUAUGAAAGAAAUGGUAUCACUGCAGCACUGGCUGAAGAACUCUUUGAAAAAGGAGAACAACUUCUAGGAGCUGGUGAGGUCUUCACUAUCAGGCCCUUGCAGCUCUAUGCUGUCACAGAACAGCUGCAGCAGGGAAAGCCUACUUGUGCCAGCGGUGAUGCCAAGACUGACCUUGGACACAUUCUAGACUUCACCUGUCGCCUUAAGUACCUUAAGGUUUCUGGCACAGAAGGAUCUUUUGGGAACAGCAAUAUUCAGGAGCAGCUUCUGCCCUUUGAUCUUUCAAUAUUCAAGGCUCUUCACCAGGUGGAGAUAAGUCGUUGUGAUGCCAAGCGUAUCCGAGGGCUGGUCACCUCCAAGCCAACCUUAGCCACGAUGACUGUUAGAUUCUCAGCAACCUCCAUGAAGGAAGUUCUUGUUCCUGAAGCCUCAGAAUUUGAUGAGUGGGAGCCUGAAGGCGGAACCCUCGGAGGCCCUGUGACUGCCAUCAUCCCAACAUGGCAAGCGCUGACUACUCUAGACCUGAGCCACAACAGCAUCUCUCAGAUCGACGAGUCUGUGAAACUGAUCCCAAAGAUUGAGUUCCUGGACCUGAGUCACAAUGGAGUCCGAGUUGUGGACAACCUGCAGCACCUGUACAACCUCGUGCACCUCGACCUGUCCUACAACAAGCUGUCCUCCCUGGAAGGCGUGCAUGCUAAACUGGGCAAUGUCAAAACCCUAAACCUGGCAGGCAACUUCUUACAGAGUCUGAGGGGUCUGCACAAACUCUACUCCCUGGUUAAUCUGGACCUCAGAAACAACCGGAUUGAGCAGUUGGAUGAGGUCAAGAGCAUAGGCGGCCUGCCGUGUCUGGAGCGUGUGGCCUUGAUGAACAACCCUCUGAGUAUCAUCCCUGACUACCGGACCAAGGUGCUCUCGCAGUUUGGAGAGCGAGCCUCGGAGAUCUGUCUAGAUGAUGUCGCAACCACAGAGAAAGAGCUGGACACUGUGGAAGUGCUGAAGGCCAUUCAGAAAGCCAAAGAUGUCAGAUCCAAACUGAGCAACGCAGAAAAGAAGGUUGGUGAGGACUUCCGGCUCCCACCUGCUGCCUGCUUCAGACCCAGCAGCUCCCCUCCUACUACAGCUCGCGCCUCAGCCUCCCUGCCUCAGCCGAUCCUCUCCAACCAAGGUGUCAUGUUCGUACAGGAAGAGUCCCUGGCCAGCAGCCUCUCAUCCACUGAUAGCCUACCACCCGAGGACUUUGCCCGAGCCUGCUCCGACUCCUUGGAAUCUCUCCCCUCAGGACAGGCGGCCUCUGAAGAUCUGAGGGACGUGCCAGGAGCUGUUGGUGGUGCGAGCCUAGAUCACUCCGAACCAGAGGUUCAGGUGGUGCCGGGGUCCGGCCAGAUCAUCUUCCUGCCCUUCACUUGCAUCGGCUACACAGCCACCAACCAGGACUUUAUCCAGCGCCUCAGCACGCUGAUCCGCCAGGCCAUUGAGCGGCAGCUCCCGGCCUGGAUUGAGGCUGCCAACCAGCGAGAGGAAGCCCACGGUGAACAGGGCGAGGAGGAGGAGGAAGAGGAGGAAGAGGAGGAUGUGGCUGAGAACCGCUACUUUGAAAUGGGACCCCCAGACGCUGAGGAAGAGGAGGGAAAUGGCCAGGGAGAGGAGGACGAAGAAGACGAAGACGAGGAGGCUGAGGAGGAGCGCCUGGCUCUGGAGUGGGCCCUGGGCGCCGAUGAGGACUUCCUGCUGGAGCACAUCCGCAUCCUCAAGGUGCUGUGGUGCUUCCUGAUCCACGUGCAAGGCAGCAUCCGCCAGUUCGCCGCCUGCCUCGUGCUCACCGACUUCGGCAUCGCCGUCUUUGAGAUCCCACACCAAGAGUCGAGAGGCAGCAGCCAGCACAUCCUCUCGUCGCUGCGGUUCGUCUUCUGCUUCCCGCACGGCGACCUCACGGAGUUCGGCUUCCUCAUGCCGGAGCUGUGUCUGGUGCUCAAGGUGCGGCACAGCGAGAACACGCUCUUCAUCAUCUCGGACGCUGCCAACCUUCACGAGUUCCACGCCGAUCUGCGCUCCUGCUUCGCGCCACAGCACAUGGCCAUGCUGUGCAGCCCCAUCCUCUACGGCAGCCACACCACCCUGCAGGAGUUCUUGCGCCAGCUGCUUACCUUCUACAAGGUGGCCGGCGGCUCUCAGGAGCGCAGCCAGGGCUGCUUUCCUGUCUACUUGGUCUACAGUGACAAGCGCAUGGUCCAGACGGCCGCCGGGGACUACUCGGGCAACAUCGAGUGGGCCAGCUGCACGCUGUGCUCGGCAGUGCGGCGCUCCUGCUGCGCGCCUUCUGAGGCCGUCAAGUCGGCCGCCAUCCCCUACUGGCUGCUGCUCACCUCCCAGCAUCUCAACGUCAUCAAGGCCGACUUCAACCCCAUGCCCAGUCGUGGCACCCACAAUUGCCGCAACCGCAACAGCUUCAAGCUCAGCCGUGUCCCGCUCUCUACCGUGCUGCUAGACCCCACCCGCAGCUGCACCCAGCCACGAGGUGCCUUCGCAGAUGGCCAUGUGCUCGAGCUGCUGGUUGGCUACCGCUUCGUGACCGCCAUCUUCGUGCUGCCCCACGAGAAAUUCCACUUCCUGCGAGUCUACAAUCAGCUGCGCGCCUCACUGCAGGACAUGAAGACUGUGGUCAUCUCCAAGAAUCCUUCAGCUAAACCAAGAACCCAAAGCCACCGCACGGGUGGCCAGCCUGCCAAGUGCAGGGCCAGAUGUAGUGCUGAGCAGCGGCUGCAGGAGACCCCAGCAGAGGCGCCCGCUCCAGUCCCGGCUCCAGCUGCAGGCCCACCGACAGCUUCAGCCCCAGCAGAGGCUCCAGCCCCAGCAGAGGCUCCUGCGCCAGCAGAGGCUCCAGCUCCAACAGAGGCUCCAGCCCCAGCAGAGGCUCCAAUUCCAGCAGAAGCUCCAGCCCCAGCAGAGGCUCCUGCUCCAACAGAGGCUCCUGCUCCAGUAGAGGCUCCAGCUCCAGCAGAGGCUCCAGCCCCAGCAGAGGCUCCAAUUCCAGCAGAAGCUCCAGCUCCAGCAGAGGCUCCAGCCCCAGCAGAGGCUCCAGCCCCAGCAGAGGCUCCAGCUCCAACAGAGGCUCCAGUUCCAGCAGAGGCUUCUGCUCCAGCAGAGGCUCCUGCUCCAACAGAGGCUCCUGCUCCAACAGAGGCUCCAGUUCCAGCAGAGGCUCCAGCCCCAGCAGAGGCUCCAGCCUCAGCAGAGGCUCCAGCUCCAACAGAGGCUCCAGUUCCAGCAGAGGCUCCAGUUCCAGCAGAGGCUCCAGUUCCAGCAGAGGCUCCAGCUCCAACAGAGGCUCCAGCCCCAGCAGAGCCUCCAGCCCCAGCAGAGGCUCCUGCUCCAACAGAAGCGCCAGCUCCAACAGAGGCUCUGGCAGGGGCUCCGGCUCAAGCAGGGGCUCCAGCAGCAGGGGCUCCAGCAGGGACUCCUGCUUCAGUAGCAGGAGUUCCCGCUCCAGCAGGGGCUCCCACUCCAGCGGCAGGGGCUCUAGCAGGAGCUCCCGCUCCAGCGGCAGGGGCUCCAGGGGCUCCAGCCGCGGGGGCUUCUGCUCCAGCCGCGGGGGCUUCUGCUCCAGCCUCGGGGGCUUCUGCUCCAGCCGCGGGGGCUUCUGCUCCAGCCUCGGGGGCUUCUGCUCCAGCCGCGGGGGCUUCUGCUCCAGCCGCGGGGGCUUCUGCUCCAGCCGCGGGGGCUUCUGCAACAGCAGAGGUCCCUGCCCAGUACCCAAGUGAGCACCUAAUCCAGUCCACAUCUGAGGAGAAUCAGGUCCCUUCUCACUUGCCCGUCUGCCCAUCACUCCAGCACAUUGCCCGUCUUCGGGGGAGAGCCAUCAUUGACCUCUUCCACAACAGCAUUGCUGAGGUUGAAAACGAGGAGCUGAGGCACCUCCUGUGGUCAUCAGUGGUGUUCUACCAGACCCCGGGGCUGGAAGUGACCGCCUGCGUGAUGCUCUCCAACAAGGCUGUGUACCUCAUACUGCACGACGGCCUCCGCCGCUACUUCUCUGAACCCCUGCAGGAUUUCUGGCACCAGAAAAACAGUGAUUAUAACAACAGUCCUUUCCACGUCUCUCAGUGCUUUGUGCUUAAACUCAGUGACCUGCAGUCAGUCAAUGUUGGCUUCUUCGACCAGUACUUCCGGCUGACGGGCUCUUCCCCGUCGCAGGUGGUCACGUGCUUGACUCGCGACAGCUACCUGACACACUGCUUCCUCCAGCAUCUGAUGCUGGUGCUGUCCUCCCUGGAGCGCACGCCCUCACCUGAGCCUGUUGACAAGGACUUCUACUCGGAAUUUGGGGACAAGAAUACAGGGAAAGUGGAAAACUACGAGCUAAUCCACCCCAGCCGUGUCAAAUUCACCUACCCCAGUGAGGAAGAGGUCGGGGACCUGACCUAUAUUGUCACAGAGAAGGUGGCCGGCCCUGCAAAGAGUCCAGCGCUCAGCAUCCUACUCUGCAUCCAGGCCUUCCAGGUGAUCACACCACAGAUUGGACGGGGCAGGGGCCCACUGCGCCCUAGGACCCUCCUCCUGACCAGUGCUGAGAUCUUUCUCCUGGAUGAGGACUACAUCCACUAUCCAUUGCCUGAAUUUGCCAAAGAGCCACCACAGAGGGACAGAUACCGGCUAGAUGAUGGCCGCCGUGUCCGGGAUUUAGACCGGGUACUCAUGGGCUACUAUCCCUACCCACAGGCCCUCACUCUUGUUUUUGAUGACACACAGGGCCACGACCUCAUGGGGAGUGUCACCCUGGACCACUUCGGGGAGAUGCCAGGUGGUCCUGGCAGGGCUGGCCAGGGCCGGGAGGUGCAGUGGCAGGUGUUUAUCCCCAGUGCUGAGAGCCGAGAAAAGCUCAUCUCACUGCUCGCGCGACAGUGGGAAGUUCUUUGUGGCAGGGAGCUGCCUGUGGAGCUCACUGGCUAGUGCAUGCGGCGGCAGCCCUGGCCUCCUACCAUGCCCAGCCUCGCCUGGUGCCCGUGAGGGCAGGGAAGCGGGCCUUUGCGUUCUUUCUAAGGUCUUUCUCUCUCCCUUGGUUCCUACAUUGAUUGCCCGUGGUCCCCACACAUGUGACCAGCUCCCACAGAGAAUGUGAACAUGUGUGUUCAGUUAAUCCUUCCUAACGCUGGGAAGACGUAUGCCAGCCCCACCAGAGCGUCCUUGUGCCGUUAGCGUCCCUUGUGUCGCCUGCCCUGAAGCGGCAUGGCCAGACAUGCCAGCAUUGUUUUGUGUGUGAUUGAUGCUGUUGCUAGUGUGGCGCUGUGGACCUGAUGACCCCACGUCCUUUCCUGAAGUGUUAAGUCCAGUCCUUUGUUGCUGUUGCUGCCAUUGUGGGUGUGCCGCUGCUAAUUACAAAGCUGGUAGCAGAAUACACGUGGCAAGCUCGCAUGUUGUGGGCUUUUCCAAAAUGGAGGCCUCCUCGAGUCCAGACCAGAGGAGGUCCUGUGGGGAGUUCUCAAGUCAUGGGUCCAAGAGGAGCCAGUGCAGGGGACCUAGAGCUGCCAGCACCAAGUAUAAUUCCUGUUGCCUAUGUUCUCUAUUCUAAUAAAAUGGAGUUUGACACAA